UGAAAACGGACGAACAAACGGCGCAUGGAAAUUUUCAUAUCACCUCUUAUUCGAAGAAGCAACAGGAAUUGAAUUCUUGUGUCGAUUGAUAAUUGAAAGAUUGAUUGGCUUUUGAAUGGGGCGCUGGUGUGUCAUCUCCACAGGUUGCAUGGAAUUGCUUCUGUUUGGGGUGAGAUACACGGGAGGGGCUGAGUCGUCCCCCGCCUGGCCGGCAACUGCUAUGCCAAUGAUGCAUCACUGGCAUAUCGAGUUCCUCCCGGACGUAGAACUCCUAAACAUGACUGGGUUUCGUUUGCCAGUAUUCGGUUUUCGUCGGAGCUCUUUUUGGAUUCUUACGGCGUUUGAUCAAAGACAAAAAAAAAGAAUAUCCCGUGAUCAUUGGCAAUUGUCAUUGCUAUUGCUUUUGUCGAUGGAGCGGAUUGACACAGCAUACACUCGUCAUUCACUAGUCGUUUGCUCCGGCAUAGCGACGCCGGCUCACUGCAGGAAGCGGUGCAGAUGGUACAUGUAACGUCGCGGAAUCUGCGGUAUGACUGCAAACCCGCAGGGAAGC